AUGGCUGAAAGUGCUUCACAUGUGGUUCCAAAUGUGGCGAACAAUUCUUCACAGAAUGACAACAAUGGAGUUAAACGUGCUCUUAUUGCAAAGAACAAGGAAGGAUUUAUUACUGGAUUUUUACCUAAACCUGAUGUUAGUGACAAAAAUUUUCAUAAAUGGACUAGAGCUGAUUACAUGGUGAUGAGUUGGAUUCUCAGCUCUAUAAGUCCAACUAUUGCGGAUGAUUUUGCUUAUGUGACAAAUUCUAAUGAUCUGUGGCAAGAACUGAAUGAGAGAUUUGGACAGUCUAAUGGUCCAUUGAUAUAUCAAUUGAAGAAAGAAAUUGAUGGAUUAAGGCAGGAAAAUCUCACUAUAAUUGCUUAUUAUGGCUUAAAUAGUGGAUUUGAUAGCACUGUAACUAAUAUUAUGGCAAUGGAACCAUUACCUACAAUCAAUGGAGCCUUCUCUAUUACUCAGCAGAUUGAAAAACAUAAGGAAAUCUCUGGUGUUAUGGAUGUAGGUGAGAGUAGUGCAAUGGCUGCACAAAGAUAUAAUCUAGGAGGAGGAGGAGGAAUAGGUACUGGAAACUUAAGAUUUCAAGGAAAAAGAGACUGGAAGAAAGAGAAAUUUGACAAGAAGUGUGAUCACUGUAAAGGUACAAGUCAUACUAUAGACCAAUGCUUUAAGCUCAUUGGGUAUCCAGAAUGGUAUAAUGCCCUAAAAUCUACUAGAGGAGGCAUUAGUUCAAGCAAAAACAAAGGAAGAAAGUUUGCUGCAAAUGUUCAUGUGAAUUAUGAAAUUGCUCAAGCUGAUUCUCCUUUGGCAUCUGAAGAAAUUUCAUCUGGAAAUGCUGGAGGACAUGUAGAUUCUGAGAUGCUAAGCUCUAUUUGUUAG